GGGCUGUUCUGUGUCAAUGGAGGAGGAGGCCGGGGAGGACCCGGGGCUGGGCAGGCCGGCAGCCCCCAAAGACUUCCGCUUUUAUCACAUGGACCUGUAUGACUCUGAAGAUAGACUGCAGCUCUUCCCAGGAGAAAGCAGCAGAAUCGGGAGGGAAGUAACCCAAGCUGAACUGACCAGAGAGCCAAGAGGGGCAGGGGACAGUGAGGACCUCCAGAAGGAAGCAGAUGAUUUUGAACAUUUAUACAGGCUUGAAGACGACCGUGAGCUAGGGGAUGGAUUUAUGGAUGAACACAGACUGGGGACUUCGGGGUAUCCUUCUUAUGGGAUGAGGAGGAGGGACCCAGGCAGGGAGCAGAGAGUCUGGGGGCUUAGUGGUGAGGCAGCUGAGGCCGAGGACCUGGACUACGGAGGGCAAGGCCCUCCUGACCAGUGCCAAGACCUCCGGGAAGCCUACAGGUACACACACGGCCGAGCCAGCGAGGAGUACGAAUGCUACGUCAUCCCAGAGGAGGAAGAUGAAGAAGAGCCUGCUGAUGGCUUCUGUGUCACUUGCAAAACUCCAGUAAGAACUGUUGAGAAGGAUUUUGAUAUACACAAGGAACAUGAAGUGACCCCAAUCAGCAAAGCUCUGGAACAUGCCAAGGAUGAAAUUCACAAAAAUAUGUGCAAAUUGGAACAGCAGAUUAUUGAGAUGGAAAAUUUCGCUAGCCACCUGGAAGAAGUGUUCAUUACUGUGGAGGAGAAUUUUGGAAGACAGGAACAAAACUUUGAGUGCCAUUACAAUGGGAUCUUGGAAACCCUCGCUCAAAAGUACGAAGAAAAAAUUCAGGCUCUGGGGGAGAAAAAGAAAGAGAAGCUGGAAGCCUUAUACGGACAGCUGGUCAGCUGUGGGGAGAACCUCGAUGCCUGCAGAGAGCUGAUGGAGACCAUCGAGGAGAUGUGCCAUGAGGAAAAGGUUGAGUUCCUAAAGGAUGCAGUGGCUAUGACUGACAGACUGGGGAAAUUCCUGAAAACCAAGACAGAUGUGGAGCUCUCUGCUCAGCCCGAUUUUGAAGACCAGACCUUGGACUUCUCUGACGUGGAGCAGCUGAUGGACUCCAUCAAUACCAUCCCAGCUCCUGCUGCUCCAGUGAUAAAUCCCCAGGCGCCCAACUCCGCCACAGGCUCCUCAGUCCGUGUGUGCUGGAGCUUAUAUUCUGAUGACACCGUGGAGAGCUAUCGGCUGUCCUACCGGCCAGUGCGGGACAGCUCAUCUGGCAAGGACCAAGCAGAGUUCACCAAGACGGUCAAAGAAACAUAUUGCUCAGUGACAAAUCUUGAGCCAAAUACCCAGUAUGAGUUUUGGGUCAUAGCUCAGAACAGGACCGGCCCCAGCCCCUCUAGUGAGCACGCAGUGUAUAUGACAGCUCCCUCUCCUCCCUCUAUAAAAACUGAGGCAAUUGGAAGCUGUGAAGAGGCUGCUCUGAUUUGCUGGGAGUCUGGGAACCUGAAUCCUGUGGACUCCUACACAGUGGAGCUAAUCCAGGCAGAGACACCAGAAGCCUUGGGGGUAACUGAAUCAGUUGUAGGCAUCCCGACCUGUGAAUCCCUGAUCCAGCUGCAGCCCAGACACAGCUAUACCAUCUACGUUCGAGCCCUCAACGUGGGGGGCACCAGUGCCAGAAGUGAGCCUGCUACAGUACACACCACAGGAAGCUACUUCCAAUUGAACAAAGACACCUGCCAUCCCUGGCUGACCAUUUCUGAAGAUGGGUUUACAGUGGUUCGAAGUGAGAAGAAAAGUUUCAGAAGGGAGCUGCCACCCAGCAAGACGCAGUUUACCAGGAGCGUUGCUGUCAUGGGAAAUCUAAUUCCAGUCCGAGGCCGCCAUUACUGGGAGGUGGAGGUGGAUGAGCACAUGGACUACACUGUUGGGGUGGCCUGUGAAGAUGUCCCUAAACAGGAAGACCUGGGAGCAAACUGCCUGUCCUGGUGCAUGAGGCAUAUAUUUGUCUCCAAAAGGCAUCGGUAUGAGUUUCUGCACAACAGGACAACGCCGGACAUCAGGAUCACAGUUGCUCCAAAGAAGAUCGGCGUCCUGCUAGACUACGAGAACUCCAAGCUGUCCUUUUUCAAUGUGGACCUUGCUCAGCACCUGUAUACAUUCAGCUGUCAGCUCCACCAGUUUGUACAUCCCUGCUUUUCCCUGGAAACGUCUGGAUGCCUAAAGAUCUGCAACGGCAUUCCGAUGCCAAAGCAUGUCACUUUCUUUUAGGCCCUGCUAGCAGAAGCUAAAGCUCACAUUAGUGUCAGUAGAUGGUUUACUGGAACCUGUUUCACCUGAUGUGGACUUAUCCUGUGUGCUGUGGCCUGCUGAAGCUAGAGGAGCCUUUAUCAGGCUAAGCUGUUAAAUGAGGGCUCUUGUGGGGUUGAAUUCUUGUAGUAUCAAACUGCAGUUUAUGGAUAUGUAAAGUAUUUCAGGUCUCCUAAACUUAUAGACCUAGGGAGAGGGUCAGGGAAGUCAUGAUGGCAUCAGCAGCCCCUGUACAUUUGUGACAUUUCACAGUUUACCAAGAACAGACUAGGGAAGGCAAGAAACUCUUACAGAAAAGAAGUCAGGUGCCCAUCUCAAGGCCAUCAUGGUAGACUGAAUAAGAAUGGUUCCCAUAGGCUCACGUAUUUGACUGCUCAGUCAUGGGUGGGGGCGGGCCUAGGAGUGGCACUACUUGAAAAGGAUUAGACCUGUUAGGAGUCCUGGCUUUGUGGAUCAGAAUAUACCUCUCCACUGCUGCUCCAGUGCCGUGAGCACUGCCAUGCUUCCUGCCAAGACAAUGGGCUAACCCUCCGAAACUGUAAGCCAGCCCCCAAUGACAUGUUUGAUUUUUUUAAGCAUUACCUUGGUCAUGGUGUUUUUUCACAGUAAUAGAACAAAAUACAGAAAUUGCUAUCAAGGACUGGGGUACUGCUAUAACAGGUGUGACCAUGCUGUUUGUUGGAAGAAUAUGAAAGACUUUGGAAUUUUGGACUAGAAAAGUGGCUAAGUACUUUAAGUGUGACUAAUGGGAGCAUAGAAGACACUGCUGAGGUGAUCUGAACUGUGGGGCUCAGAGAGCAAGAAGUUUAAGAGGGGAUGAAUAACAGUAAGUGGCCAAUGGACCAUUCUUGUGAUAUUUUAUCAAAGAAUAGGGCUGCUUUUUGGCCCCUGCCCUAAAAAUCUGCCUGAGGUCAAAUUGAAGAGUUUUGGAUUAACAGCUUUAACAAAGGAGAUUUCAAGACAGCCUGGCCUUGACCCUGCCAAGAGGCUGAAUGACUACUCUUAUGUGUACCUAUAGUGAAAAGGAGAAAGGGGGACCGGAGCAGUGCAAGACAUACAGUUUGAGGAGAGAAGAAAAACUAGGAAAUGAUUUCUUAGAGCCAAGUGCUGUGCUCAAGGGGACAGACAAGUUUAAAGAAGGCUAAAUGGAAUAAAGGAGUGGUGACCUCAGGGCAAUGCCCACCCAGCUGAGCUUCCAACUUGUGACAGGAAUAAAGGAAAGCUUAAGCAGCAAAGGAAGCCAUCAACUGAGAGCUGGUGCAAACGGUAACUGAAACUGAAACAGGUGGCCAAGUUCCAGCCCAGCCAGCAGAGCUUGGUAGCCUCAGCCAUGUGCUUCUUUCUGGCUUUAGAGUUAAGAAUAUAAGACAGGAGACUGAGGAAGCUUCCUCCACAGUUAAGAAAAGGCCCACACACCACUGAGGCCAGGUGUGUCAGGAGUGUCCCAGAGGCCCAGAAGGGAUUUGAAGUUGUAAAGGUGAUGCCUGAUUGCCCUUAAAACCUCAUGGUGUUGGAGAUGCCAGAGACGUGGGACACCUGCCAAGGACAGCUGCUAAGGGGGUAUAAAACCCACCCAUGAGAGAGAAAUGUGCUGCAGUCAACAAAGCUGGAAGGAGUUGGGGAUCUGAAGCACACUGACAUUAGACAUGGGGAUGCAGGAUGGGAGUUAGCCUUGUUAGGCUUAGGUCCACUAUUUGCUCAACACACUCCGUUUCCUCCCUUUUGGAUGGUAACGUCUAUUCUCUGCCACUGUAUGCUGGAAGUGUGUGAUCUGCUUUUUUAUUUUGAUCUUAUGGGUGAUACAGUUAAGAGAUUACCAUGCAUCUCAGAAGAGACGUUGACCGUUGGACUUGAAACAGUAUCAGUUGUACAGAGCCAUAUUGGGGCAGUCAUGCAUUUGGUUGGAGUUUGACAAUCCCUGGCUUCCGGCAGGAAUCUGCCUUUAGGACAUAAUAGGGAAGUAGGUUAAAGCAGGAAUUUUUAUCCUUAGGUGGAGUGCUAAGAGUGUACUUGACUAUGGGCAAGGUUAACUUCUCCCAGAUAGCCAGGAUCCUGCUCCACCUAGGGUGGAGUGCUGGGGGGGGGGGG